AUGGGUCUCACCAAGCAGGUUUGGUACAACUGGUACACGGGGCUCGUGGCAGCGGGGUGCAUGAUUCUAUUGGGAUAUGACUCGAGUGUCUUCAACUCUGUGCAGGCUUCAGAGAAUUGGAAAUCGGCCAUGGGCAAUCCCGACCCUUACAUGGUUGGGCUCGUCAACACGGUCUAUACUGUUGGCGGGAUCGUCACGGGAUGGUUCUUUGCCGGUCCUACGUCUGACUACUUUGGCCGUCGAUUUGGCAUGGGCCUCGGUUGCAUGAUCACUGUGGUUGCCACCUUUUUGCAGACAUUCCCACCGGUGAAAGGGACCCUCGCUUGCUUUAUGGUUGGCCGUGUCUUCAUUGGCGUGGGAACUGCCUUUGCUACGACUUCGGGUCCCGUCUACAUCGGUGAGGUUACCGCGCCAGAGAUCCGAGGCAAAGUCAUGUCCUUCUGGCAAAUGUUCUUCUCGGUCGGAUCUUUUAUCGCCUACUGGAUCAACUUUGCCUGUGCCAGGAACCGCACGAGUCUUGGUCACUGGGACUGGAAGAUGGUCGUCAUAUUUCAGCUUAUGAUGCCGGUCAUAAUCUGCGCCCAACUCCCGUUCCUUCCCGAGUCCCCGCGCUGGCUCAUCGCCAAGAGAAAUGACUACGAAGGUGCAAAGGCUGCACUGAUGAGAGUGCGGUCGACCGAGGAGGAAGUCGACGCUGAGAUCCUCAGCAUUCGCGAGGCCAUUGCCUUCGAGCACGAGACGGCUCCCCGGAAGCGCGAAGCUUACCUGGCCCUCAUCAAAGACAAGGCCAUCCGCAAGCGUGUUAUUCUUGCUUUCAUAAUCAACGUCGGACAGCAACUUACCGGCCAGGGCACCCUCAACUCGUACUCGUCGACGAUUUAUCAGAAGGUGUUCAACAACGUCGACACCAUCAACUUGAUCAAUGCCCUCAAUGGCACGCUAAGCAUCAUGUUUACGCUCAAUGCAACCUGGACUGUUGAUCGGUUUGGGCGAAAGUGGCUCUUCAUGGUUGGCGCCGCUGGCAUGGCCAUCUGCACCAUGCUCAUCGGCGUCGUCGGCUUGACAACGCCCGAUGUGAACGGCACCAAAACAUACGGUGUUGGUAUCGGAAUCGCCACGCUUGCCUUCGCGUUUGCCUUCUUUUUCAAGCCGUCCUGGGGCGCGGUAGUGUGGAUCUACACGGCUGAGAUCUUCCCAAUGCAUGUUCGCGCCCAGGGCACAGGCAUGUCGGUCCAGAUGCAAGGCGUGGCCAACACCAUCUUCCAGCAGUUCUUCCCCAUUUUCUUCAAGAAUGAAGGCCUUAAAGUCUUUUUCUUUUUCAUGACCACCAACGUCCUCCUUAUCUUGUUCACCUACUUUUGCCUCCCUGAGACCAAGAACGUUACCCUGGAGCAAAUGGACGUCUUGUUUGGCGACGUCGACCAUGUCGCCAAGGGCGCGGGCUUUAUUGACGAGCCCACCGCUCCCGUGCCACUCGGUGACAAGCCCGAGGCUGUCGCACUCGAGACCGUCCCCAAGAAGGAAUCGGUUUGA